AUGGUUUCAGGAAAAAACGGUGUCGUAGCCACCGAUCAAACGGAGUGCUCUAUAAUCGGGAGGGAUGUACUUAAAAAAGGAGGGCAUGCCGCUGAUGCUGCAGUGGCGGCUACACUCUGUGUCGGUGUUGUGAGUCCAAUCGACAGCGGUCUCGGUGGCGGUGGAUUUAUACUUGUCCGGCUGGCUAACGGAGAAGCUAAAGUGUUUGACAUGAGAGAAAUUGCACCUGGCCGAGCAUCUAAGCUAACUUCGACGGAAAUAGCACGCGUGGCUCACGUGCCGUCUAUGUGGCCGUUAAAUGUCGAGCUGUACAACGCCCAGUGCCUACUUGGUCGACGAAACGUGAUGUGGAGCGACACGUCAUUCUCCUCCCCUAUUUCUAUUCUAAAAUCCCUAAUUCUCCAUAUCCCCAAUGAACCCGAUAUGUUCUCGAAAAUGACUCGAGCUGAGCGGAAACACAGUCCUCUGGCCAUAGGUGUUCCGGGACAGCUGGCAGGUCUAUACACAAUCCACCAAAAAUACGGCAAGCUUCCAUGGGAGUUGGUUGUAAAGCCAGCCGAGAAUCUAGCCCGUCGAGGUUUCAAAGUUUCGCAAUCUCUCUUUAACAAAAUGGUCAAUGCAGAGUCAACCAUUAUGUCUGACGAGGAUCUUCGAAGCGUAUUUGCUCCUUACGGAGAGAUACUCGCCGAAGGCCAAACCCUCCGCCUCAGAAAGCUAGCGGACACGUUGGCGGCAAUAGCGAAACACGGCAUGAAAGACUUUUAUAACGGAUCAAUAGCCGACAGCUUGGCAACAUACAUCCAACAGAAAAAGGGAAUAAUAACAAAGGAAGACUUUCAGAGAUAUCGAGUUAUCGUGAGAGAGCCUUUGGUUACUAGAGUAUUAGGACAUCGGAUACUCACUGUGCCGCCUCCUGCAUCAGGCGGCGCAGUGGUGAUUUCUGUGGUGAUUAUUCUCAAGACUCUUUCCAAGUACAAUAACAAGGGUGUUACCGCAUCACUUUUGGUGCACCGGACCAUUGAAGCGCUCAAAUACGCGCUUGCGUUGAGGAUGCGAUUAGGAGAUCCUGGAUUUGUUAAUAUUUCUAGUGCCUUGAAUUCUAUGAUUUCAGACAACACCGCGGAAAGAGUGAAGAACCUCAUAAAUGAUAACAGAACAUUUGAUCCUCCUCAUUACCGCAGCAAAUGGGCUCAGCUAAAUGAUCACGGCACGAGUCAUUUAUGCAUCGUUGAUCGAGACCGAAAUGUCAUAACAAUGACGACAAGUAUAAACACUAAAUGGGGGUCGAGGAUUAUGUCACCGAGUACGGGAAUAUUCCUCAACAAUCAGAUGUACGAUUUUUCAGUUCCGACAUCAAAAGGUGCACCGGGAGCACCGGCAAAUUAUGUUAGUGCAUACAAAAGGCCUUUGUCAUCUAUGGCUCCUAUCAUUCUCGAGAAGGAGGGAAGGGUAAGAGCUGUCAUAGGUUCUGCUGGAGGUAUUCUAAUACCUGAUGCUGUCAGUCAGCUAUAUCCAAAUAAACUUCUGUAUGAGAAAUACACAUCCUUUAGUGGUGACGAGUACAUAUAUCCCUCGGCGACAAUAUCGGAACUGUCGAGAAAGGGCCAUACGGUGAGUGCAGUAACUGCUAUGACUACUUGCCAAUUUGUGAUUCAAAGGUUGAAGGGUAAUAAGAGUGGUCUGCUUGUUGCUAUUAGUGACCCGAGAAAGAGUGGAUAUCCGGCAGCUUAUUGA